AUGAAGAGGAGUGCGGCAGCGGCGUCGGAAAAUGGCAAAACGGCCUUGAAGAAGGCGAAAUUGGUUCAAUUCGAGGCGUCGUUCCCGAAGCUCGACUACUUCGAUGCCACCAAGAAGAAGUCGGCUAAGGCUCCAAAUGCGUUCAAGUUAGACGUUUUCGAAAAAAACAACUCCAGCCGUCUUGUUGAAGGUCUCCAGUAUAUCCUAAAGAAAGACCCGUCUCUGUCAAAGUACCUGGAGACUCCAUUUGGCGGGUAUUUGAAAGACGACGACGGACCUAAGCCGUUGAAACAUUAUUUCGAUAGUUUGGUCAGUGGAUUGAUAUCACAGCAGAUCAGCGGCAAAGCGGCCAAGGCCAUCAAACAAAAAGUCAUAGACAAUCUCUCAGAGGACAAGGAACUGCCAACGGCAGAGAUCUUUGACUCGAAAUCCAUUCAGGAGCUGCGUGAAUGCGGCCUCUCGUACAAAAAGGCGGAGUUCGUCAAACGACUCUCCAAAGCGUUCAUCGAAUCCGAGGAAAUUCCUCCAGAAGGAGUGAAGUUCACCGACUCGUACUUCACGACCACAGACGAUAUCACAAUCAAUCUGGACUUACAAAAAUUUAAAGGUAUCGGACCAUGGUCUGCGUCGAUGUUUCUGAUGUUCGCACUACAACGGUACGACAUCUUUGAGGUGUCAGACUUGGGGAUCCGGAGAGGUGCAACGGUGUACCUUUCUCAACGGCCAGAACUUCUAAAAGAGAUCAACGCAAAACUCAAGGAGCUGGAGCUGCCAAAACUGCCCAAAUCGUCGCAGAACCCAAAGUUUGUGUCUGACCACGUGAUAAACUGUCUGGCACAUCAGUUUGUGCCCUACAAGAGCAUCUGGAUGCUGUUAUUGUGGCGGGUGAGUGACACGUCUGUUGAGGCAUUAGAGUAA